AUGGAAGACAAUGUUGAUGCAGAUGGCGACCGUGGACUAGUGGGAUUGGACCCCAGUGCUGCAGAAGGGGAUGGCGACCGUAACCGAUACAGCCUGCUGGCGCGAUGUGCAUCGCAGUCAUCGUUAGACGAAUCGUCGCAGCCGCGAGCAGUCGGCGACGCAGAUGCGGCCGAAAGCGGUGCGCAGCACGCCGUCGCGCUUCUCGACGCGCUUGCGAGCCUGCGUUGCGACGCCACGCUGUGCGACGUGCGCCUGCAGGUACAGCAGCACACGUUGCACGCCGACGCGCUUGCGAGCCUGCGCUGCGACGCCACGCUGUGCGACGUGCGCCUGCAGGUACAGCAGCACACGUUGCACGCCGACGCCCUUCGAGCCUGCGCUGCGACCGCCACGCUGUGCGACGUGCGCCUGCAGGUACAGAAGCACACGUUGCACGCCGACGCGCUUGCGAGCCUGCGCUGCGACGCCACGCUGUGCGACGUACGCCUGCAGGUACAGAAGCACACGUUGCACGCCGAGGCGCUUGCGAGCCUGCGCUGCGACGCCACGCUGUGUGACGUGCGCCUGCAGGUACAGCAGCACACGUGGCACGCCGACGCGCUUGCGAGCCUGCGCUGCGACGCCACGCUGUGCGACGUGCACCUGCAGGUACAGCAGCACAUGCAGUACGCAGCACACCGUCGCGCUGCUCGACGCCCUCGCUUGCCUGUGCUGCGAAUGCUGCGAAAAUUCGAUUAA